UCCUGGGCAGCCCGCGCCGCAGUGGGGCGAUCGGGCGAUGCGGUGACGUUGGUGCUUGUGGGGGCUGUCAUUGGCGGCGGCAGGGUGACGGGCCAUGUGGCGCGUGCUGCCGCGGGCCGUUACCGCCGGCCGCUACCGCCCAGACGCCGUCCCUCAGGGCCGUCGCUGCUGCCACCAGCCGCUGCCGUCCGCCGCCGGCCUGUGCGGGGGGAAAGCCUGGGCUGAGAGUAGAACGCGUGCUGCCAUCACGAUGCCUGAAGUAAACACAGAUCACCUGGAUGAGCAGCAGGUGCAGCUCUUGGCGGAGAUGUGCAUCCUUAUCGAUGAAAACGAUAAUAAGAUUGGCGCGGAUACCAAGAAAAACUGUCACUUGAAUGAAAACAUUGACAAAGGUUUACUGCACCGAGCUUUCAGUGUUUUCUUAUUUAAUACAGAAAAUAAACUGUUGCUGCAGCAGAGGUCCAAUGCAAAAAUUACGUUUCCAGAUUGUUUUACCAACACUUGUUGCAGUCAUCCUCUAAGCCACCCACUAGAACUGGAAGAGAAUAAUGCCAUUGGUGUUCGGAGAGCGGCACAGAGACGACUGAAAGCGGAGUUGGGAAUUCCCAUGGAGCAGGUAACUCCAGAAGAAAUCUCCUAUCUGACGCGAAUCCACUACAAGGCAAAGUCUGAUGGGAUCUGGGGUGAACACGAGAUAGACUACAUCUUGUUUGUACGGAAGGACGUAACGCUGAAUCCCGAUCCUAAUGAGAUCCAGAGCUACUGCUACGUGACACAGAAAGAACUGAAACAGCUCUUGGACAAAGCCUCCAAGAAUGAAGUUAAGAUUACUCCAUGGUUUAAACUAAUUGCAGAGACCUUUCUUUUUAAGUGGUGGGAUAACUUACCUAACUUGAACAAAUUUGUUGAUCAUGAAAAAAUACACAGAAUGUAAAAAGCUGGGGUAAAAGAUGGUGAAGGCUAGCAGUGAUGUGCCGUCUUGGUAACUCAUGACUUGAGUCCAGAACAGUGAUCCACCUGGAGUGUGUUUUACAAGUAACUUUAUACACAGAUGGUUAUAACCAGUGUUUUUUUCUCUCUUCCCCCCAGCCAUGUUCCUCCUGGGCAAGUUAAGCUUAAUCUCAUGUAAAAAUGGGUAAAGGUAACAUUAGAAACCCCUUGGGUUCAUCUUUCUCCAUUGCCUGGUGUGGUAUGAAAGGUCCUCAGCCCCUGUGUGCCCAGCUGCUGUUAGGUCCUCGCGCAAGGGCAGGGGCUGCAGAGGCGGGUGGAGCUGGUGCCUUCCCAGCUGUGUGUGACGAUGCCUUCCAAAUUAGUGAUUGCAAAAGAGCUUGAGUUCUGCAUUGGUGUUGAGAAGACUAGUUGCCUGAAGAAAAAGCAAUUAAUUCAAAGUAAUUGGGAUUAUUUUAAUUGCAGAAAGCAGAUCUCUUCAGCUACUGUACUCUAUAAUUAACCAAACACAUAAAAGCUUAAGUAAUUGGAUUGUCUGCGUGGACUGAGUUUCGUUUUGAAGUGCUGCAAUACGUGUCAUGGCUUUAGAUAAUAAACACUGGGGAGGUUGGUUUGGGGUUUUUUCCACCAACCUUUUCUGGUUAGUCGAUGGCCGAGUACUGGACGUCUCUUAAAAAGAAAUAAAGGGGGGUUAAUUACACCAAAUGUAAACAUAGCCUGUGUUUGGAGAAGGCACGUGCAUUCAGUGACUGGCUCCAUCUUCCAGAAAACAAAAGGCCUCUCGAUACGAGCUUUUUUCUUUUUCCUGCAACAUCUACUGUAAAAGUCAUUCCCUGAAAACUCGAACCCCUUGAACUCCAAACUUCAAGAUUGACAAUUUGUAGGCUUACAGCAGGUCGCAAUUUCAGUUAAUCAGAAAUGGUACCAGAGGGCAAGAGCUAAUCCUUUUUGAUCCUGCGGUCAAUUGCUAGUAACAGGAGUAAAAUGGAAGGCUUUUUUUUAGUAAUACAAAUAAUCAAGGGUAUCUCAAUUUGAAUUAAACAUUUUUGUGUUUGGUUGAUUAUUUUUUUUUCCCCAAAAAAGCUCAGUUAUGUUUUGGGUUUUUUUCUGUUAACUUAAGAAAUCUAUAUUGAGUAACCUGCUAACUUCUCCCAGAGGCAUCUCGAUGAAAUAGGAUGUUGUUCGUGCCACUUCUCUGUGCAUGUAAAACAUGGUUUUUCACUAGUCUGUGUCUGGUUUUGCGGUGAAACUACAUUUUUCCAAUGGUUAAGAUGUUUGUCUUUUACACCCCAGUUGUGGCUGCAGCACUGAAGCCUCCCUGUGCCAGCAUCUCCAGUGGCUCAACGCUUAGAGGUUAGAGCCGAGUUUGUUGUGUGUUGCCCUGAAUUGAUGUGUUGUCUCGAAGCAAACAGUAGUGGGGAGGGAGCAGGAACGCAGUGUUAACAGCUCUCCUGAAUUCAGUGCCAUCAGCCACACCGCCUAAGUAAUAUAUUAGAGGACUCUUCAAGUACUUAAAAUACUUUUUAAAUUAAAGAUUAUCUUAAAAGAUUAUUAUUAAAAUA